AUGUCCCAGUCCCUGUCCUUGUCGUCGGCCGUGCUGGCCGCCUCAGUCGGCGCGGCCGUCCUCUACGCGACGCUUGUUCGUUCUCGACCGAGUGUGUGGCGUAUGACAAUCAAGACCUGCUCGACGGCGUUGCUGGCAGCUGUGGUGAUGGUCGAGGGAGGACCGCUUCGGCUGGCUGGUGCGCUGGCCCUGGGCUCGCUCGGAGACGCCUUCUUGGCCUGGGAUGACGAGACAUCGUUCUUUCGCGGACUUGCUAGCUUUUUGGCAGCCCAUUUGCUUUACAUCGCCGUCUUUACCCAUGGCAAAACCGAGGUCCACAUUUUCUGGGCGCUGCUGACGAGUAGUGGAUGGCGGGCUGCGGCUGCAGGAAGCUUGGCGUUACUGGUGCCAACUAUGGUUGCUCUGCUGCUGCCCCGCUUGGGGCAGGCCCUCCGAGCACCUGUCGUCGUCUACUCGCUGACCAUCUUCGUCAUGGCAUUCUCGGCGCUCACACUCGACAGCCCCCACGUUGUUGCUGGCGCGCUCAUGUUCACGGCCUCUGAUUCGAUUCUCGCCGCCGACCGAUUCCUCGUUGCUCCAACGUCGCCGCACAAGCCCUGGAUGCAACACGCGGUUUGGGUGCUGUACUAUGCCGGGCAGUUCUUGAUCGCCAUGGGGUUUCUGGCUCUACAGACAAGCGGCUUGUGA